AGACAUGUCUACGGUCAGGCGGCAAAGAAAGAGCUAUGCAUCGAUAAUAUCAAGAUUUCUAACAAUGCCUGGGACACGAAUGUGGUAGCCGCAUCUGGGGUGAAUUUUUAACUUUUUGAAGCACAUGGGCAAUGCUGAAGUAUUCUCAGCAAUACCUCAGUGUGAACUGGAACGCAUCUGGCGGAGGCGCUUUCUGUAUCCUCCCACUCCCCUCACCAUUCGAAGCCCAUAAGCUACCGACAAAACUGCCUGAUGUGAUUCCGCUUGCUCGAGGACAUAUUGCACCUGUUCUUGAUACGGACUGGUCUCCCCAUGACGACGCGCUCGUCGCCUCCGCAGGUGAUGACGGACAGCUUUUGCUCUGGAAAGUAGAGGCGGGCACAUUCGAUGGCUGGGGAGAGGACAAGUGGGAACCGCAAGAUUUUGACCCUGUGCUACGUAUCGCUGCAUCAAGCCGCAAGGCUGGUCAGGUCCUUUUCCACCCCACCGCAAAGCACGUCGUAGCCGUCGCGACGGGAGAUCAUGCAGUCAAGCUCUGGGAUAUCGCGAUUGCGGAAGAUCCACAGCGCGUUCUAGGCGGACACACCGACGCGAUUCAGAGUUUCGCAUUCGACUUUACGGGUAAUCUUGUCGCGACAACGUGUCGUGAUCGCAAGCUGCGGCUCUUUGAUGCGCGCACUGGCGGAGACGCAGUGCGAGUUGCCGAGUCUCACGGUGGGAUAAAGGGUGCCCGUGUAAUCUGGAUGGGCAAUCAAGAUCGUCUUGCUACGACUGGUUUCAGCAAGAUGAGCGACCGCCAAAUCGGUCUCUGGGAGACCGGAUCACUGAAAAAUGUGAAAAUGACGACUGUUGAUCAGUCGAGCGGCGUUCUUAUGCCAUUCUUCAGCGACAAUAAUAUCCUCUUUGUUGCCGGCAAAGGCGACGGUAAUAUCCGAUACUAUGAAUACGAGCACGAGGCAUUGCACCCACUCUCAGAAUAUCAGUCCAAUCAGCCACAGCGUGGAAUGUGCUUCCUCCCUCGAAGAGCACUCAACGUAUCUGAGUGUGAGAUUGCACGUGCCUACAAACUCUCGGGAACUUCUGUUGAGCCCAUCUCCUUCAUCGUCCCGCGAAAGUCCGAUUCCUUCCAGUCCGACAUCUACCCACCCGCACUUUCGUCUGAACCCGCACUUACUGCAGGCGAAUUCUUCUCCGGUAAAGCAGCCCCACCGAAACUCGUCUCUCUUGAGUCAGGUGCUAUCUCAGCAUCCGAUGCUCCCUUCACACCAAUUGCUCCUGCUGUCUCCGCGCCCUCUCUCUCGCAGAGUGCUAGCACUUCGAGCAUACAGUCUCCUCUCGCAACUAAGACGACUAGUGCUCUUGCUCCAGAGCCAGUUAAGAAGGCCAGCUCACCAACUCCAGCACCAAUAAUCUCCGAAUCUCCAAAAGCUGCUGCAACUCCAGUCAAUAAUGGUGCCGACGAAUCAGCACUUAGAGAAGAAAAUGCCCGACUCACUGUUGAACUCCGCGACGCGCGUGAGCAAAUUCGGAACCUUGAGCUGCAAGUUGAGGGCUUAAAGGUGAACGCGCAGAAAGCGAAGGCUCUUCUGGCCUAAUGUAUUAUCUUUCUCGCAAACCCGUAUUUAUUCGCCGUGUUUGGACGCAAAGUUGCUUAAACGUAUUUUCUUAAUGGGUGUUGCGUUCCGAGGGUAAGGGUGAAUUGGCGUGUAUUCAUACCCAACAUGACAUUAAAUUGAGUGUAAGUAAUUUUGCGAAGCAGUGAUCUGAACAUUAUCUGUCCAAUUUUUCGGCGAUUAUCAAAC